AUGUAUGCGACCCUUACAUGCAACCCUCCUCUAGGGCAAACGACUGUAGUGCCUUCUCAGAAAGAGAACGUCAAAUUCAUAGUCUUGAUUGAGAGUUCGACUGAAAAGCCAUGGAACGUGGCACUGCAUUCGAACUUUGAGAAUCAACAGAAAUGGACAAGCGUGAAUCUGGAGCCGACUCAACAGCCUACAUCUUUAUUAUGGGCAAAGAAUGAUACGAAAUCGGGUCUUCAUCGCAAAUGGUUCACGCUCGAUCUGACAGGGCUACCUGAUCAUGGAGGGUCAGUGUCUUUCACGAUAACGUUUCGUGCUGCUGAAGACGAGCCAUGGAAAUGGGCAAACGAGCAGUUCUCAACAUCAGAUGGCCACAUCAUCUACCAAACAGCAAGAACAUUGAAAAAUGAUGUAAACAAGUUCAUCGACGGCUUGCCGGAGACCUUGAAGAUCCAAGAAGAAAGAAGCGACACUCCGGGAACGUUAUUAUGGAGCAUUAAUAGUCCGGCCGAUGCAGCGUCUGGGAAAGCGUCCGGCUUCUCCAAUAACAAGCUUGGUAAACCAACCAAUUUCUCGAGAUGGUUCGCUCUGGUGCGGUUGUGGUCCCCUUGGCUAGCACCACGUCAAGGCAAAGCCAGAUUCAAUCCGGACAAGGAAGCCAUCAUAGCAGCUUUCCAACGCGAAGACGGCUCACAUCUUGUUGUUCUUGCGGUCAGUGGGAUCAAUGAUGUGCUGACGACCCUGGGUCACGACGGAAAUGGCAAUAUCAUGAUAAACUCCCGCAACGAUAGCGAGCAAUCUGGGUCAACCACACUCAUUGUCGCAGUAGGCCACUCGCUGGAAACUGCUCUAUCAGCUUCCAUGUACCAUGCUCGAAAGCUCGUUAUGGAGUACCAAGCCGCCAGUGGAGAGAUCGCUAAAGAAGAAGAGGCGUUGAUGAAAGAUUACAAACCCCAAUGGCUACAGAACUGGUAUGACGGACUUUCAUACUGCACAUGGAACGGCAUCGGGCAGAAGCUCACCGAAGAUAAACUAUUCAAGGCGCUGGAUUCACUCAAGAAGCACAAUGUCAACAUCUCCAAUCUGAUCAUCGACGAUAAUUGGCAAUCGCUUAAUCAUGAAGGAGGCGACCAAUUCGAGAACGCUAUGACCGAGUUUGAAGCGACUAGGAUAGGGUUCCCAAGGGGUCUGAAGGCUGCCGUAUCUGACGUUCGGGAAAAACAUCCGAAUAUCAAACACAUCGCUGUUUGGCAUGCAAUUUUCGGCUACUGGGGAGGUAUUGCUGCCAAGGGAAAGAUCGCCGAUGAAUACAAGACCAUUACCGUUCGUAAGAAGGAUGGGGUUUCUGGAGGUACCAUGACCGCUAUAGCCGAAGAAGACGUCGGGCGUUUCUAUCACGACUUCUACCAAUUUCUGAGCUCUGCCGGUGUAGACUCGGUCAAAACAGACGCUCAGUUCUUUGUGGACGAGCUUGAUGAUGCUCCCGAUCGCCGAGAGCUAAUCAAAGCCUAUCAAGAUGCCUGGAGUAUCAACCAGCUUCGUUUCUUCUCUGGAAAAGCCAUCUCAUGUAUGUCACAGACACCGCAAAUUAUCUUCCACUCCCAGCUCCCGUCGAAUAAACCGCGCAUACUACUCCGGAACUCGGAUGAUUUCUUCCCCGAAGUGCCAGCUUCACAUCCAUGGCACAUCUUCUGCAAUGCACACAACGCCAUAUUUAAUCAGUAUCUGAACAUUCUUCCGGAUUGGGACAUGUUUCAAACCUCACACGAAUGGGCCUCUUUCCAUGCUGCAGCGCGCUGUGUUUCUGGAGGACCGAUCUACAUCACUGACGUGCCUGGAAAACACGAUAUCGACUUGAUCAACCAGAUGAUUGGCAGCACUCCUCGAGGUGACACGGUUAUCUUGCGACCUCAUACCGUUGGGAAAAGCACGUCUGCGUACCAUUCCUAUGAUGACACGGUCCUUCUGAAAGUCAGUACAUUCGUGGGAAUGGCGCAUUCCGGUGUCAGUAUUCUAGGCGUUUUCAACUGCACACAACACCCUAUCACCGAAUUGAUUGGCUUGGACCAGUUCCCUGGCGCAGAAAGAGGAACGUAUAUCAUAAGAAGUCACACGAGUGGUAACGUUUCGAAGCCGACGAGCGCUGAAAGUGGCGACGCUCUCGUACACCUCGAAGUGCCAGUUGUUGGCUGGGAGAUCCUGUCCGCUUUUCCUCUACAGUCAUUCAAGCUCGAGCGUGGACGGCAUGGUGCAGCGGGGCCUGCAGAGAUCUCGGUCGCACACCUUGGGCUGUUGGGUAAAAUGACAGGCGCUGCUGGUAUAAUUAACAGUGAUGCCUAUGUUGAGCGCGAUUCUGGCAAGCUUAGAGUUUGGACUUCGCUGAAGGUGUUAGGCACAUAUGGUAUCUACAUCUCCGACCUCAAGGAACGCUCCAUCAAAGACGAUUUCAUGGCUGUAAUCUUCGGUCGACCCAUCUCUUCCGAAUGCGUCAAGAUCAAUAGCCAGUGUGAGAACAUCCUCGAGAUAGAUACUGUCAGGGCCUGGGAAGAAACGGAUCAGCAUGCUGGUUGGAGCAACGAGGUUGCUGUUGAAGUAAUAAUUCGGUAG